AUGCAAAAGUUAAGCAAACUACUAACCACAGUGGAUUCCUCACCACUUAGCACAUAUGCUGUUGAGUUGAUAAAGUAUUAGGCACAUGCCAGUAAACUGCAUCAUAUAUAAGAAACUCAAAAACCUUUGAAAAGUUGUUAAUUAUCGUCAUUUGUCUGUAAUUCUCAAUAUCGCUCUUGUUACCCUUAUUUUUAAAAACAAAACAAACUUUUGACUCUUUCCACGAUGAUGGACAUUUACCAUUUUGCAGCGAUAAGUUGAAUAUCGUUGCUGAAGGCUUCGCAAAUACAGAUGCACAGUCUUUCAAUAUCAAAGUUGGAAUGCCAUCUGGACCAGAAGUUAAUUUAGGCUUUAGUCUUCUCAAGGCAUCAUAAACCUCAUUCACAUUAAAUUCAGUCACUGUUAAAGGACUACUUCCAGUUGACUGAGUGGAGUUGGCUCACUUAUAUCCAAACCGUUAUAAGUUAUAUUCUUAGGUAUAGAGCCAUGACCUCUUCUGCUGUUGACAAAUGACCAAAACUUUGACGGGUCUCGCUUUAUAUCAUCU